AACUGAGGACCUGCUCGGGUCGAAGGCAUGCGGGGAGGCUGCGACGGGCGGUGGGCGGAGCUCUCCAGAUCUGACUGCCUAGUGGCUGCCUUGCUUUCCCUUCCGCCUUUCCCGUGGAGUCCCAGCGCAAACCAAGUGUGUGGAGACCCAGCCCUAGAGGGUGCACCCCUGCUUAUAACAGUGUUCAUAUCCUUAUUUUCCAUGACAGAUCUUGAUGACWCUGUAUGCAAAAGAUACAUGAAGAUGAUUACAAACAUAGUAAUAUUGAGCCUGAUCAUAUGCAUUUCCUUAGCUUUCUGGAUUAUGUCAAUGACUGCUAGCACCUAUUAUGGUAACUUACGGCCUAUUUCUCCCUGGCGUUGGCUAUUUUCAGUUGUUGUUCCUGUUUUGAUUGUCUCUAAUGGCUUUAAAAAGAAAAGCCUAGAUUACAGUGGAGCUUUGGGAGGGCUAGUGGUUGGAUUUAUCCUAACGAUUGCAAAUUUCAGCUUUUUUACCUCUUUGCUGAUGUUUUUCCUUUCUUCUUCAAAACUCACAAAAUGGAAAGGAGAAGUAAAGAAGCGUUUAGAUUCAGAAUAUAAGGAAGGAGGGCAGAGGAAUUGGAUCCARGUGUUCUGUAAUGGAGCUGUGCCUACUGAGCUGGCUCUACUGUACAUGAUAGAAAAUGGCCCCGGGGAAAUACCAAUCGAUUUUUCUAAGCAGUACACUGCUUCCUGGAUGUGUUUAUCUCUCUUGGCUGCACUGGCCUGCUCUGCUGGAGACACCUGGGCUUCAGAAGUUGGCACAGUACUGAGUAAAAGCCCGCCAAGGCUAAUAACAACCUGGGAGAAAGUUCCAGUGGGAACCAAUGGAGGUGUUACAAUGGUGGGACUUGCCUCAAGUCUCCUUGGUGGUACCUUUGUGGGCAUUGCAUACUUCCUCACACAGUUGGUUUUUGUGAGUGAUUUAGACAUUUCUGCUCCACAGUGGCCCAUUAUUGCAUUUGGAGGUCUAGCUGGAUUGCUAGGAUCAAUUGUGGACUCAUAUUUAGGGGCAACAAUGCAAUUUACUGGUUUGGAUGAAAGCACUGGCAUGGUAGUCAACAACCCUACAAAUAAUGCAAAGCACAUAGCAGGGAAACCCAUUCUUGAUAACAAUGCAGUGAAUCUAUUUUCUUCUGUUCUUAUUGCCCUCUUGCUCCCAACAGCUGCUUGGGGGUUUUGGCCCAGAGAGUGAACUGUAUUUCAUUUCCACUGGUUGAAACUGGUAGCUUAAAGGUGUAUUAUUUAUUAUUAUACUAUAACAUAAUAGAGGACUGCAAAGUGUAUGUGGCCCAAGGCAGCUUUUGAAGAAGACUUCAAGAAGAGACAUCACAUGGGACUACCAGGACAGCACAGACUUGUCACAGAAGUUCAUUCCAUCUUUAGUAUUUUUCCCUUCUUGAGUUAUCUAUGCUUUAUAUCUCUUUCUUGUUUCUAGCUGCUAUAAAUAUAGAAUACUGGCUGCAGAAAUUCUAACUCCACCUCAAUUAGAAAAAGAACUAUUAAAGAGAAAAAUUGUGAAAUGAGAUGUUUUAAACUUUGCACCUGCCUGCGGUAUGAACAGCUGCUGAGUAUUAAUGCACAGUGAAUACCCUAGGUCCCAAUCAUUGGAUAUUCCUGAUAUUUUAUCUGAUGUCCCCAGUACCACCACAAUGAGAAUGAACUGCAAGCCACCAAAUCCCAGAUGAAUUGUAUGCGCUUUAAAAGUAAAAACACAGGAAUGAGAAUAUAGCUGUGGUAGAGCACUUGCUCAGCAUGCGUGAAGUUCUGGGUUCGAUCCCCUGUACUUCCAAAAAAAGAAGAAAACAAUUAUGCAGCUUAAUUAUUUAAUCUCCUUAUGGAGUAUUUGUUGCUCUAACUCCCAGUAAGUCCUGAAUAUUUUUUAAAUAUAUGAGUGUUUAAUGUGUUUGUUGAAUUAAGUUGUUAGACUCUAGUCAGUAUUUCUCUUAAGUCUCUGAAAGUCAAUAAUUGGAAACAUAUUUCUGGAGGGAAAUAAAAAAUUUWAAAAAAAAACAGUUUGGCUAAUUGAAUUUCUGAGGACUGUGAUGAUUCCAACAUUUCUCAAUCAUGUGAAACCAGUAAUGGUUUUGAAACUAAUGAGUCAGGAAAUUAUUGUAGGGGAAGUGAAAAAGUGGCAGAACAGGACUCCUGAAAUUAUUCUCCCUGCCAAGACUAAAUGUCAGUUCUCUUUCAUUUACCAUAAUCUCUCCCUUUAAAAUUUAUUUUAUAAA